AUGAUACGCCCCACCCCCACCGCGCGCAACAUCGUGCGCGGAUUUCCUGGCACGCCCGUCACGUCUGGCGAUGAAGACUCGGACUAUGGAGGGGCAACUGGACGGGCCACGCUCCCCAAGACUAGCCGACGCGGCCGCCCCCGCAUCGACGACGUCGUCAGCGCCAACUGCAGCCCCGUCUUGCGUCCAACGCCCUCGCCGAGCGUCUCGGGCAUCGCCAAGCUUCGCAUGCAGAUGGACCCUCUCAGCCUCGAUGCCGCCUCGCGCUCCAGCUCGACCACGCGCCUGGGAUGCCGAGGUCCGGACAAUAGCCGCAUGUCGGGCCACCCGCUCGACAGCCGCGCUGGCAGCCGCGACGGUGCUGCCCCGAGCGAGGCUGGCAGCGAGGGCUCCGAGACGGCCUCGACUGAGUACGAGGUGAACCUCGAGCACGAUUUUGUCAGCGAGAGCGUCCGCGACCGCACCGGCAUCAUCGAAGGCGGUCUGCGGAUCCGUCGCAAGAUGACGGCCGAAGCGUUUGAGCCGCUGCGCUGUCUCGGCAAGGGCACCUACGGCACUGUGCUUCUCGUUAAGCAGCGCGCCACCGGCAAGCUCUACGCCCAGAAGCAGCUCAAAAAGGCCUCCCUCGUCGUCCACCGGAAGCUUGUCGAGCAGACCAAGACGGAGCGGCAGAUUCUCGAGUCUGUCAAUAGGCACCCCUUUGUGGUCAAGCUCUUCUACGCCUUCCAGGACCACGAGAAGCUCUACCUCAUCCUCGAGUACGGUCAGGGCGGCGAGCUCUUUACACACCUGAGCACGGAAAAGAUGUUUUCCGAGACGGUCGCCGCCUUUUACAUGGCCGAGAUGCUGCUCGCCAUCUCGCACCUGCACACCAACCUCGGCGUCGUCUACCGCGACCUCAAGCCCGAAAACUGUCUCCUUGACGCCGACGGCCACCUGUUGCUCACCGACUUUGGCCUCUCCAAGGUCAGCGCGCACGAGGCGACGGACAGCUGCCACUCGUUUCUCGGGACCGUCGAGUACAUGGCGCCUGAGGUGAUCCUGGGCAAAAAGUAUGGCAAGGCCGUCGACUGGUGGUCCUUUGGCGCGCUUGGCUACGACCUCAUGACGGGCAACCCGCCUUUCCGAGGGCAGAACCACGCCAAGAUCCAGGACAACAUCGUCAAGCAGAAGCUGUCGCUGCCCUACUUUCUCAGCGCCGACGCCAAGGACCUGCUCACGCGCCUGCUGCGCAAGGACCCGAACAAGCGGCUGGGCUCCAACAUGCCCAAGGACCUGCAGACGCUCAAGGGCCACCGCUUCUUCCGCAAGAUUGACUGGAAGCGUCUCGCCGCCCGCGACCUCACGCCGCCGAUCCAACCCCUCAUCACGGACCCGGAGCUCGCCGAGAACUUUGCCCCCGAGUUUACGGACCUCGCCCUCAGCCCCUCCCUCAUUGCCGUCGCGAGCCACGAGGAGGCGUGGUCCGCUGUCCCGCCCUCGGCCAAGGACGACGUCUUUGGCGGCUUCAGCUUCGUCGCCUCGGCUAGCCUCCUCGAGUCGCACGCAUUUCCUCUGGCCAGCGGUGUCUCUGGCGCUUGA